GCAAGGACGCGUAUGGAGAAGGUAGACUGGAGAGCGUCAGACUGUUCCACCUUCACUUUAAAGGACAGCUCCUUAUCAAAGAUCAGUUUUACGAGCACCUGCGGUGAAAGAAGUGACCAAGAUGCCGCGACGAAAGGUGGUUCCACGGCUGAAGCGUCUCGCCAAAGGCCAAAUCACGCGGAUGUGCUACCAAAUCGUUCAACAGAUCUUGUCCCGGGCGUCAAGAAAUUGGUCCAUUAGCGCCGGCGACAAUUCAAUCCUUAAUAGUAAUGAAGACAUGCUCAAUAAGCUGAUACGUGACUUACGGGAGUACUUAAUCGAAGGGAUGCCCCACGACCUCGGCGAAUACGUUUGCUCCACGUGGUUAACAAUCCUCAGUCUAGUGAUCAAAUCUUAUGAACAAGUGCCAUCCUCAGCCACCUUGUCCUUCAAGAGCGAGCACAUUUUUGUCACGGCUCGCUUAGCCGAAAUUGGUGCUUGGGGCGGGCUUACCAAAUUGGAUCUCGUCAAAGUUAGCAAACAAAUCAGAAGCCCUUUGUACGCCAGCCUAGGAGAUUUAACACGUCUGCAGAUCCUAAACCUCGGUUCUGGGAUUGGAAAUGGCUGGCUCUCGGUCGGGUUUCUCAACCAAUUCUACAGCGGCGUCAAAAACCUGCGCCAUCUCAAAGUUUUCAGGGAUAGAAUACAAGUGCAAGAUCUCAAAUUGUUGGAACACUAAUUGGGGGCAUGGCCCACCUUUCGUUGACUCCCAGAAUGACACGGGUGAUCAAGCCUUCACACGUUUUGAUAGCAUGGGAUCCCAGUCAAAUGCAAAUGCAAGGAACUAGAACCAUCGUACACACUUCCUUUUUUUCAAACUUUCUCAUUAAGAACAACUGAACCAAAUUAAGGUCCAACCUUAGAGGGGAAAGGCGGCCCGUGAAUGGUCCCAAGGAUCAUAAUACAAUUUAAACUUGGUCGUAAACGAAAUCACCCAGGUUAAGGUGGCACGAGCCCUUUGGAUUCUAUCCCUCCUCCCCCACCUCCUCUCUGCUUUAACCGCGCCGUCACCACCACCAGGUUCCAAAAUGACUGCACCAAUCUAAUCCUCACGGAAGUGCUCCGCAAUUGCGGUCAUUCGUUGAGAGCCAUUGACGUUCAAUUCUCUCGUUUUGUGGACGACGCCUCCACUGAGGCAUUCCUAACUUUUUGUCCUCCUGAACAGCUCCAGGAAUUGUCAUUGAGUGGCACCGGCAUCUCGGAUCCCCCGUCGACUCUGCGACUCCUGGAACACUUUUCUUGUUUGAAAAGAAUUUCAAUUGAAAACUCGGAUCGUGUGCUUCGACACUUGAGUCAUAUCCGAUCCUCUCGACUGUCAUCAUUGAAGUACCUGAUGGUGGGAGCCGAAAGUGAUUGGAGUAUCAACGACAAGAUGUCACUGGAUACACCACCUUGCCAAUCGCUUCAAACCUUGUCCAAAGUUUGCCCGGCACUCGAGAGCCUCGUCAUCGAUUUGCGCUUAACGCCCGCUUUGCGCGUGGAUCUUCAGGAAUUCACUUCCAUUCAAGAGCUCACGCUUCUAGGCGGAAGCUUGAGCUCGGAGCAAACUCAUGAGGCCAUUCACCUUCUUGGGAACAAACUCCACACCUUGACCCUGGUUCAUUCCGAAAAUAUCAACUGCUUUGCUCUAUUGCGACUGGCCAAACAUUGCGAACGCCUUCGAUCCCUCAACUUGACCAAUUGUAGCCUCCAUGGAAUGGACGAAGAGCGAACCCUUAGCCAAAUGCCAACCUUCCCUUGGCCUUCAUUGGAAAGGCUGACUAUUCAGUUCCCCUGUGAUCAUGAUACACUCCGAUAUAUGUUGCUACUCUGUCCGAACUUGCGUGAGCUCCGUUUAGGCAUCUCGACACAGUUUUCUGACGAUACAAUUUCCUCGGUCCUCAAGUCCAGUUCAUUGGCCUUGCGGAAGCUGCAGACCUUUAAUGUGGCCUUCAGUGAGCUGCUGACCAUGUUUGGUAUCUUCCACUUGAUCCACCACUGCCCAGGGCUCUUCCAAAUUCAGGACCUUUCGAACUGUUCUCAAAUUUCUGCCAAGCAAGUUAUUUCCCUUCGAAGAUGGACCCGGGAACACAAUCUUUUGCUCAAUGUGGAGUGAAUCAACUACCAUGGGCGUUUGGCUUAUGGGAGAAGGACACGCAUUAAAACUAUAAUAAAAGCCACUUCUGUUUA